AUGGACGAAUUCACAGCUGACGCUUUCGUGAACCGCGAUGAGCCAAUUCCUACGAUCUCGCUUCCAGGCAACGAUGCGCCAUCAGCGACGUCGCAUGACCAUAAGGGCAAACGUGAGCGCCUGAAGGAGUCCACAGCCUCCAAGCUGAAGGACAAAAUAGCAGAUCCCGGGUCGCAGCACGAGAAAAAGAAAUAUGGCUUUUCUCUAUCAGAUCGACUUUUCACAAAGUUGCUUCAGCAGAUUGUACCUGAAGACGAGAUUGAAGGCUUGGACCUGCCAACAGAUGUGAGGAGCUCCAAGUAUAUCAAUCGGCCCAGCUUUUCCCUCCCAUUGAUGACCAACAAUUUUCGCCGUUUCAAUGCAAGAAUAGGAGUAGUCUUCGUUUUUCAGAACCGUUUCGAGCGUCUCCUGACAUGGCGCCAACCAUCUCAUACCCUCUCGCUCCUCGUUAUAUGUACCUUCAUCUGCUUGGACCCUUAUUUGCUUUCAAUCGUCCCAAUCGUGGGAGCUCUGUUCUUCAUCUUGAUUCCUGCCUACUUGGCGCGCCAUCCUCCUCCACCACAACAGAGUCUCACGACAUACACACUGAAUGGCCCACCUCUCGCACCAGCAAGAACCAUCAAGCCUGCUGGGGAAACGUCCAAAGACUUCUUCAGGAAUAUGAGGGAUUUACAGAAUACCAUGGAUGAUUUCAGUAUUCUGCAUGAUGCCUUCCUGAAAACCAUCACACCUCCCUUAAACUUCUCAAAUGAGGGCCUCUCUUCCACGAUCUUCCUCUUCCUCUUCAUCGCAGCCUCGAUUCUCUUCAUAGCCUCGCACCUUAUUCCAUGGCGUGUCAUCGCCCUAUUAAUCUGCUGGACCGCCAUAACAGGCGGCCAUCCAAAUGUUCGCCAGCACAUUUCAGAUCACCACGCGAAACAAAUCACAGUUCAUCAAGAGCACGCUAAGAAUUGGCUCGACACAUGGACCUCCCAUGAUAUCAUACUCGACACCCUACCUGAAACUCGUGAAGUUGAGGUCUUUGAACUCCAACACCGCGAUUCCGGCAACUGGAACAAGGAGUGGGAACCCUGGCUAUUCACGCCAGCUCCUUACGAUCCGCUCUCUCCGCAGCGAAUAUCGGGGGAUAGACCGAAGGGGACGAGGUUCUUUGAGGAUGUACAGCCACCGAAGGGCUGGGAAUGGGGUGAUAAGAAAUGGAUCCUAGAUCUAGCGUCUAGGGAGUGGGUGGAUGAAAGGACAGUCCAGGGCAUUGAGGUGGAGAUUGAGGGGGAGCGAUGGGUAACGGAUCUGGUACCUAUAGAGACGGCUGACCUGAGGACGCCGACGAAGGGUAAAGAGAGGACAUGGGAAGAUAAUGACGGUGAGUUGGUAGGCGAAUGGAGGAGGAGGAGAUGGAUUCGGAUGGUUAGGCGGAAAGUCGUUGGGCAAGAAUGA